AUGGCUGACGCAACCCUCAAGGCUUUGCGGAAGAAGCUGGGUGACAUCGAGGACGAGCUCGAUGAGGCCACAGAAGCCAAGGCCGAGCUGGAAAAGCAGGUGAAUAGCCUGACAGCAGCUCUGGAGGCCGCGAGAGGAGACGAGCUGCAAGCUGCUUUGCGAGAUCUGCAGGUCCGGCACGAGUCCGAGCUGCAGGAAGCGAAAUCAGUGCAGGAAAAGCUCGAGCAGGCGCUGAGCUCCAAUGCAGACCUGGAGGCCAAGGUUGCCGAAUUGCAAGCGGGAACCACGAGUCCUCAAGCAGAUGCGGAUGGGCCACUUGCUGAAGAGCGACAACGCGCCGAAAAGCUGCAAGCAGAGGUGCAGGAGCUGAGUGCCCGAAACUCUGCCCUGGAGGAGCAGCUGGUGCUCGCCUCAGUGGAGCCUUCCAUGGCCCUGCGAUGUCUUGCGAUACGUCCUGCGCUGAGCUCCAAUGCAGACCUGGAGGCCAAGGUUGCCGAAUUGCAAGCGGGAACCACGAGUCCUCAAGCAGAUGCGGAUGGGCCACUUGCUGAAGAGCGACAACGCGCCGAAAAGCUGCAAGCAGAGGUGCAGGAGCUGAGUGCCCGAAACUCUGCCCUGGAGGAGCAGCUGGUCCGGCACGAGUCCGAGCUGCAGGAAGCGAAAUCAGUGCAGGAAAAGCUCGAGCAGGCGCUGAGCUCCAAUGCAGACCUGGAGGCCAAGGUUGCCGAAUUGCAAGCGGGAACCACGAGUCCUCAAGCAGAUGCGGAUGGGCCACUUGCUGAAGAGCGACAACGCGCCGAAAAGCUGCAAGCAGAGGUGCAGGAGCUGAGUGCCCGAAACUCUGCCCUGGAGGAGCAGCUGGUUGCAGAUGCAGAGCGUCAGCACUCCGAGUUGCGAGAGCUGCGAGAGGUGCUGGAGCAAGAUCGUCAGAAGCAGCAGGGCCUUGAAGCAGAGCUUGAAGAGCUGCGCAGGAGAAGUUCCGCUCUUGGUGAUCUGGAGGGCACCGUGGAGAAGCUGCGUGCGGAGCGAGAGGUAGAUGGGGCAGAGCGCGAACGCCUCUCUCGAGUGUGCCAAGAGCUGGAAUCCGACCGGGACAUGGCGUUGGAGCGCAUGCAAGCAGCCGAGCGCCAUGCUGCCACCCAGUCCAGUAGCCUCGAGGAAAUGCAGCGCGCUAAAGCAAGCGAGGCUGUCCGAGUGGAUGCUCUGGCCAAAGAGCGGGAGGCAGCAACGGGAACUCAGGAAGUGUCCGUUUGGGGCUUCCUGAGGUUGUUGCAGCUCAGAGCCGGUCGUGGCCCCGAGGAAUACGCUCUCGGCACAUCUCAGAAGACACGGUUCCUGGAGGAAGCUCUUUUCUUUACGCCCCAAGGCAUGUUCUGCUCGGCAUAUGGCCUGCAUAUGGCUGUAAGGCUAGGCAGCGAGUCGUCGGCGGGCAAAUGUUUCAAGAUGUUGACAGCUUCAACCUGCGUUUCAUGGAUCGCUUCAUUGCCUUUCAUGCUGAGGAUGCCGAUUCCUUGGACUUUGCUCGGCGCUUGGCAGGCGCUGGCUGUACUGGCCGAACCUGCAGUGGAGGUACAUAUUGUUGCCCACACACACGAUGAUGUGGGAUGGCUCAAAACCGUUGAUGAAUACUAUACGGGUCAGAACAAUUCGAUCCAGCACGCCUACGUGCACAUGAUCCUGGACACAGUGGUUCGCUGCUUGGAGCAGAACCCGAACCGGACCUUUACCUACGUUGAGCAAGCCUUCUUCGUGCGAUGGUGGAGGCAGCAGGAUGAUGCCACCCGGGCGCUAGUGAAGCGCCUCGUGAGCUCCGGACAGUUGGAGUUCACCAAUGGUGGUUGGUGUAUGCACGAUGAAGCGGCGCCGCACUUCCUGGACAUGAUUGACCAGACAACAUUGGGGCACAAGUUCCUCAUGGACGAGUUUGGUGUUGCUCCACGGACCGGUUGGCAGCUGGACCCCUUUGGGCACUCAGCCACACAGGCUGCGCUCCUCUCCGCAGAAGUUGGCUUCCAAGGGCUCUUCUUUGGUCGCAUUGACUACCAGGACAUCGCCUUGCGUCGGGAGAAGAAGGAGGCAGAAUUCGUGUGGCGGGCUUCUCCAUCCCUGGGUUCGCUCGCACAAGUCUUCACGGGCCUGACAGGCGAGUAUGGAGGCAACUACGGGCCACCAAGCGGUUUUGACUGGGACGUGGGCAAUUCGGAUGAGACCAUCCAGGAUGACCCAGCACUGGAGGAUUACAACGUGAAGUCGCGCGUGGAGGACUUUGUCAAAGCUGCUAUGGAUCAGGCAAAUGAAACACGCGGCCGCCACAUCAUGAUGACGAUGGGCUCCGACUUCCAGUAUGAGGAUGCCUUCACUUGGUUCUACAACCUGGACAAGCUCAUCCAGCACGUCAAUGCGGACGGCCGUGUUCACGUGUUCUACUCAACCCCAGGCAGGUACGUGGACGCCAAGAAGAGCGAGCAGAUCACGUGGCCGCUGAAGGAGGACGAUUUUUUCCCCUACGCCGAUGGACCCCACCAGUUCUGGACUGGAUAUUUCACAUCCCGACCGGCAUUGAAGAGAUACAUUCGAGACACCAGCGCCUUCUUCCAGGUGGCCAAGCAGAUCAGCGCCAUCGCAGGUCCAACGUCUGAGGAUGGAAUUGAGAAGUUGGCGGAGGCAAUGGGAGUUGCGCAGCAUCACGACGCUGUCUCUGGCACUGCCAAGCAGCACGUGACCUUCGACUAUGCCAAGCGCUUGGCCAAAGGAAGGGCAGCUGCCAUGCCGGGAAUCUCUGCAGCUCUUGGACGACUCACCCAAGCUUCAGAAGCAUCUCCAGAGCUGUUCUUCUGUGACUUGCGCAAUGUGUCGGUGUGUGCUCCAACUCAAGCCGUCGGAAAAACCAGCCAGAGGACAUGCUUUACGCUUUGGAAUGGCUUGGGCCAAGAGCGCGAGGAGCUCAUUGAACUUCCCGUUAGCAGUGACAAGGUGGAGGUCGUGCCAGGCUCUGGCAACGAGGCCGUGCAGUUCCAGCUGGUUGAGUCGUUGCCAUCCGUGACAAACUACGGUGCUCCAGCAGGAGGAGCUGCUCAGACGCUCCUCGUGGCCAUCAAGCUGCCGGCCAUGGGACAUGCAAGCUAUUGCCUUCAGACUGCAGGUGUUGCAGCACCGAAGGCGACUCUCGCAAACAUUUCUCAAGGAAGUUGUCAGGCCUUGGAGAAUGAAAACUUGAAGCUGUGGUUCUGCGGUGGUAUGAUGGCGAACAUCACCGAUAAGCUCAGCAAGACGUCUACUCGAGCUGAGCAAUCGUGGAUGUGGUACAAUGCAUCGCUUGGGAAUGCGGCGAGCUCCCAGGCCAGCGGUGCCUACAUCUUCCGGCCGAACCGCUCCGAGGCGUUUCCCGUCUUCACCGGCUUGCCUUUCAUGCGGGUCUUCCGCGGGCCUCUUGCCGACGAGGUGCAUCAGGCAGUGGGUUCAUGGAUCUCACAGCGGACUCGCCUGGCACGUGGUGCAAGGCACGUGGAGAUUACAUACACUGUAAGUGAUAUCCCGGUGGAUGAUGGGUGGGGGAAGGAGAUUGUUUCCCGGAUAAGCACCGACAUCAAAAAUGACGGCACUUGCUACACCGAUAGCAAUGGCCGGGAGAUGUUGCAAAGAAAACGUGAUUUCCGGCCAACCUGGAAAUUGAACCAAACCGAGCCGGUUGCAGGCAAUUACUACCCGGUGACAACAUCCCUUUUCAUCAGGGACCAGGCAGCCCAGCUCACCGUGCUCACGGAUGUUUCAGAGGCCGGCACCGGCUGUGUACGAGACGGGGAGAUUGAACUCAUGGUGCACCGGCGGCUGCUGAAGGACGAUGGCCGCGGCGUCGGUGAGCCUCUGAACGAGACGGAGUUUGUGACACCCUAUCUGGGAAACGACCAGGGCCGGCACUACGGACCGGGCCUCGUCGUUCGCGGCCAGCAUUGGCUGCACUUUGCGCCGCCGGCCACAGCAGCGCGUGGGUGGCGACCUUUGAUGGAUCGCCUGUACCUUCCCGUUCAGCCCUUCUUCGGGAAAGGUGCAGCUACCGGACCCUUUUCUGCUUUGCCGGGCUCGCUGCCGCCGAGCUUGCAGGUGAUCACGCUUGCACCUUGGGAUGAUACGCACAUUCUCCUUCGAAUUGGGCAUCAGUUUGGUAUCGGCGAGGACUCCGAGCUAUCCAAGCCAGUCUCGGUCGACAUAAAGUCCCUUUUGAUAGGUGCAAAGGUCGUUUCCAUCGAGGAGCGAGGACUUGCUGCAACGAUCACCAAGGAUGAGGUCGAGAAGCGCCGCAUCGCUUGGCAAGUGGAGGGGCCAACUGCGGCAUCGCCGGCACCGCCGCAAUCCGAAUUCAGCUUUGGCCCGCUUCAGAUCAGGACCUUCUUCGUUCAGAUUGUCGAAGCUCUUAGGAGGAAGUCUGGGCAGGUGCCCAGACCAGAGCUGUCCUCCCUGGGAGCUCGCGCAGCCUGGGGCAAGGAGCGUCCGACCGGGGCGCAGAGGUGGGACAUCGUGCCGCAUUAUUGCCAGGUGGUCCAGGGUCGGAGAGCCGAACACGGUGGCCGCGGCUGGCUCCAGGUGACCACCCGCAUGGCUGCCGAGGAAACCUGGACCUUGAAAGGAAGGUCCGAGCAUGCACCGCGGGUCCGCGAGCACUUUGUGGUGUUCGAGUUGCCUCGUGAAGCAAGCGGGGUGGCAGAGGACUUUCGAAUCGCCGCUGUCAAGCCCGGUGUGCCUGCGGAGUCAACUUGA